AUGGACCUGGGCCAUCUGCGCCAUCUGCGCGCGCGCGUGCCGGCCGCGCUGCGUACGCGGGUGCGCCUGUUCCUGCAUCCGCUGGACCCGGAGGUCGGCUUGGGCCGGAGCGGCGCGCGCGAGGUGCCGGACCCCUACUACAGCGACCAGGCCGCCUACGAGCUGGUGCUCGACCUGGUCGAGGCGGUCGAGGCGGCGCUGGGCCUGCGCCCGCUCAAGACACGGCCGCUGGGCGGCGGCUGCAUCGCCGAGGUGGCGGCGGUCGACCUGCCCGACGGCCGCCGCCUGGUCGUCAAGCGCGGGCCGCCGCGAACGGCGCGGCCCGCCGGCGGGGACCCGUCCGACGGUGGGGCCGGGGGGCUGGCGCUGGAGGGCUGGAUGCUCGGGGUGUUGGGCCGCCACGGCCUGCGGGUGCCCGAGGUGCUGUACGCCGAUGCCGAGCUGCUGGUGAUGACCCGCCUGGACGCGGGCGGCCGCCUCGACACGCCAAACCAGGGGCAGGCUGGCGAAGCCCGGACUGCCGAAGCCCGGACUGGCGAAGUCCGGACUGGCGAAGUCCGGACCGCCGAAAUCCGGGCCGCCGAGGCCAUCGCCGCCCUGCACGCCCACACCGCGCCGGCCUUCGGGCUGGAGCGCGACACGGUGAUCGGCGGCCUGCCGCAGCCCAAUGCCUGGCUGCCGCGCUGGCUGCCCUUCUUCGCCGAGCGGCGGCUGCUGCACAUGGCCGGCCUCGCCGCCGGGCGCGGGCGCCUGCCCGGCGCGGAUCUGGCGCGAGUCGAGCGGCUGGCCGGCCGGCUCGAGCGCUAUCUGGGCGAGCCGGCGCGCCCGGCCCUGCUGCACGGCGACCUCUGGGGCGGCAACGUCCUGGUCGGCGCCGACGGCCGGCCGGGCUUCAUCGACCCGGCGAUCUACUACGGUCACCCGGAGGUGGAGCUGGCCUUCACCACCCUCUUCGGCACCUUCGGGCGGCCCUUCUUCCGCCGCUACGCCGAGCUGGCGCCGCUGGAGCCCGAUUUCUUCGAGGUGCGGCGCGACCUCUACAACCUCUACCCCCUGCUGGUGCAUGUCGCGCUGUUCGGCGGCGGCUACCUGGACAGCGUGCGCCGGGUCCUCGACCGCUACGUUCAGGACCCCGAAACGCCGGAGGGCGCGGCCGCCGCGGGGCGCUCCGGCCCCGGCGCGACGCGCUCCGUCCCCCUCGCGGUGAAGCUGCUGCGCUGGGUCGAGCGGCUGGUGCUGCUGGCCGUCGCCGUCUUCACCGUGAUGGCGGCCGGGGUCGAGGUGCUUCGGGUGGUCGAGACCGGCAGCGUGGUGCUGGCCGACCUGCUGCUGAUGUUCCUCUAUGCCGAGGUCAUCGGCAUGGUCGCCGUCUUCUACCUCUCGCGCACCACGCCGCUGUUCUACCCCAUCUUCAUCGCGAUCACCGCGAUCGCCCGGCUGAUCGUGCUGCAGUCGAAGGAGAUGGACCCCCUCAAGAUCAUCUACGAGGCGGCGGCGAUCCUGCUGCUGGCCGGCGCCGUCGCCCUGCUCAAGCGCUUCGCGGCCGACUGA